AUGCAAGUCAACAACCCCGUACCCGUGCCAAAAGGCACGCCAGAGCACGAGGCCAAACGUGCUGCUGUUCUCAAAGCACUCGCCGACAAAGUGCCCGCAGAGUUCUGCCUGGGUCCUGAAUUCUUCAAAGAUACUCCUCUAGAUGUCACCAAAAUCCCUGCUACCUGUGGUAUCCUCACGGACGAAGAAGUAGCCAUUACAGAAGACUAUGAUGCAACUGGCCUAGCUGAGGCUAUUGCCAGACGCAAGUAUACAUCCGUGGCUGUUGCUAGAGCCUUUUGCAAGCGCGCAAUUAUCGCCCAUCAGCUUACCUGUUGUCUUACCCAGUGGUGUUAUGAUGAGGCUAUACAGCAAGCUACGAAACUAGAUGAGUAUUUAACUGAGCAUGGCACCACGAUAGGUCCGCUCCAUGGUGUACCCAUCAGUAUCAAGGAUCAUAUUCCUUUGGCCGGCACUUUUGCCUCGGUGGGCAUUCUGGCUACGGCCGAGUAUGAUCAGCAUGACUCUCCCCUUCCAGCAGUCCUUCGCAAGGCCGGUGCUGUCUUCUACUGUAAGACAAACCAACCCCAAGCCCUAAUGCAUGGCGAAAGCGACUCACCUUGGGGCCGCGCCCUGAACCCGUUCAACACCAAUUUGACACCUGGAGGUUCUAGUGGUGGUGAAGGAGCCUUGAUUGCUAUGAAAGGCUCGGUCCUCGGCAUUGGAACCGAUAUUGGUGGCAGUAUUAGGAUUCCUGCUGCGUUCAGUGGUAUUUAUGGAUACAAGCCAACAAGUGGUAUCCUGUCGACAAAAGACUUGGUACACGGGCCUAUGGUAGCUGAACUCACUGUCUUGGCCAAUGCCGGUCCUAUGUGUCGAUCUGCACGGGAUAUGGAUCUCUUCAUGCGUAUUCAGCUUGCUGUCAAGCCGCAUAUCAGAGACCUGACACUGGUCCCAACGACAUGGACUGGAUUGUCGACACCACUGAGCAUGACCCUUGGUAGCCCACUCAAAAUUGGCAUCAUGACACACGAUGGCUUCAUUCAGCCUCAGCCACCUCUCAAGCGUGCCCUGUCAUGGGCUAGUACUCUUCUGUCAGAUCCUCGACUAUCAGGGAUUAUCGAAGUCAAGCCAUUCCUGCCUUACGGCGUGAAACAAGCAUGGGACGAGCUCCUACAAGCCUACUCCCCUGAUGGCGGCAUUCCAACUCGUGAAGCUGUUCUCGCAACAGGCGAGCCAAUCUAUCCCCUGACAGAAUGGAUCUGGAAGACUGCCGCUCCCAAAGGCAUGCUUACUGCCGGUGAAAUGGCUUACGUACGCAAAGCAUGCCUCGACUUCCGACAUGCCUUUGCAGAGGAUUGGGAGCGCCAGGAUGUCGAUGUUAUCCUUUGUCCCACUGGCGUUGGUCCGGCCACGACUCACGACACAAAUUUCUAUCUUAUGUAUACAGCUCUGUGGAACUAUCUUGACUGCCCCGGUUUGGUGUUCCCUACAGGGCUCAAGGUUGAGGAGGGCGAGAAAUACGACGCGGAUUAUAAGCCUCUAGGACCUGAGUGCGCUCAUGUGAAAGACCUCUGGGAGAGUGGUAAUUUCACAGGAGCUCCUAUCAACCUUCAGCUUGUGGGGAGGAGAUAUCAUGACAAUCAGCUGUUCGGUGCUUUGAAGCUGCUCCAGGGCGCCCUUGGGCUUGAAUGA